ACCCUCUCUCUCUCACUACUCCUGCCCCCACGCGGGGAAAAUCAUUACCGACUCCAGAUCGAAAAGGAUGGCUGCUGCAGCCUUGGAUCCUGUUUACCACGCAGAGCACGACAGCACCGCUUGACACGGACCGAAACGCACAUUCCGUCCACUUUGGCAGCUCCGAUACCGUGCAAUAGAUGACGUUUCAUGCUCGGGCAAUCCUGUUUCGGAACGUCAGGGAGAACGCGCCUCCUCCUCCUCCUCUAUUAGGGCGCGAAGGAGCGGCCCACUAGCCCCCCUCAGUCUCGGCCGCAUCUCGCGGUGCUGCACCGAGCAAGGAGCGGGGUGGGAGCAGCAUCCCUCCCUUCCCAGUGCCUCUCCCCCCGUCUUGUCUCAUACCAUCAGACAACGACAGCUGCAGGGGGCUCGUCUAGCCGGGGACCAAGAAGCAGGGGGAGGAGGACUCUCCGCCUGGGGAGGCCGGGCUGAAAGCCCUCAGUCGGAGGAUGUUGCGGGAGUAGAGCGGCUCAGAGCGGAAGAUGGGGAAGGACCAGGAGCUGCUGCAGGCGGUGAAGACCGAGGACCUGCUCACCGUGCAGAAGCUGCUGCAAAGGCCUCGGCCAGGGAAAGCGAAGUUGCUCGGGUCUGCAAAGAAAGUGAAUGUCAACUUCCAAGAUACAGAUGGAUUUUCCCCUCUGCAUCAUGCAGCCCUCAAUGGGAAUAUGGAACUCAUCACGCUGCUGCUUGAGUCACAGGCAGCUGUUGACAUCAGAGACCAGAAAGGCAUGCGGCCGCUGCACUACGCAGCAUGGCAGGGGAAGGCGGAGCCUAUGAAAAUGCUGCUAAAAUCUGGUUCCUCUGUGAAUGGACAAUCAGAUGAAGGACAGAUUCCUCUCCACCUCGCAGCACAGCACGGCCAUUAUGAUGUGUCUGAAAUGCUGCUUCAGCACCAGUCCAACCCGUGCAUUGUGGAUAAUGCUGGGAAAACACCUUUGGACCUGGCCUGUGAAUUUGGCAGAGUUGGGGUUGUCCAAUUAUUACUGUCUAGUAACAUGUGUGCUGCUCUGCUGGAGCCCAAGAAAGCAGAUACCGCUGAUCCCAAUGGGACAUCGCCUCUGCACUUGGCUGCCAAGAAUGGACACAUUGACAUAAUCAGAUUGUUGAUCCAGUCAGGAAUCGACAUCAACCGACAGACCAAAGCGGGCACGGCUCUGCAUGAGGCUGCCCUAUGCGGCAAGACCGAGGCUGUGAGACUCCUGUUGGAAAGCGGUAUCAAUGCCACAGUGAGAAACACUUACAGCCAGACUGCGUUGGACAUCGUGUACCAAUUCACUGCAACCCAAGCAAGCAGAGAGAUUAAGCAGCUGCUUCGAGAGGCGUCAGCUGCUCUUCAAGUUCGGGCUCUGAAGGAUUACAGCAACAACUACGACUUAACAAGCCUUAACAUCAAAGCUGGAGACGUCAUUACGGUACUGGAGCAGCACCCUGAUGGACGCUGGAAAGGCUGUAUCCAUGACAACCGGACAGGAAAUGACAGGGUGGGCUACUUCCCUUCGACCAUGGUGGAGGUCAUCAGCAAGCGAACAGGUUUGGCCAGCACAGUCAUUUGCACUCAACAGUUUCAAAAGAUACCGCUGGUUGCCCCGGCGACGGUUGCCCCUGCCAACGUGGUAGUCAACGGCAACGACACCACGUUCCAUCAGAUCCAUAUCCUGCCUCCACCGCCUCCUCCUCCACCACAUUCCCAUCAGCCACUGCUUCCACUUUUCACUUCCUUUGGCUAUAACAGGUCGCCCGUGACAACCCCACAGGGAGACACCCCCACUGCCCCAGGUUGUCGUGGCUCAGAGGCAAGUCCUCACAGCUCCCCCACCCCGUCCUGUGGGCCCCAUGGAGGCUCCAACGAAGAGAUCUGGGUACUGCGCAAGCCUGUGGCAGGUGGAGACCGCAGCAGUUUGGGGAGUUCUGGCAGUGUGACCAGUGUCAGGUCAUCGGGCAGUGGUCAGAGUGCUGGCAGUGCUGCACAUAUACUCCAUGCACAGGCUGAGGGGGUUAAGCUUCUCGCCACAGUCUUGUCUCAAUCUGCCAAAGCCAAGGAGCAUCUACUGGAGCAGUCAAAGUCUGUAGACCAGCCUGCAGUCGGCUCUGCCAGCUCCUCUCGGACAUCGAGCCUAUCAGGGUGCCCCCUCCAUGAAGCGCCGCCUUAUGAUGCCACCGCGAACAGGAAGGGGGAGGCGCCAGGCGAGGGGAAGAGCUCAGAGGCCGUUGUCCAAUGGCUGAGCGACUUUCAGCUGCAGGUCUACGCUUCAAACUUCUUGGGCGCUGGGUAUGACUUGCCCACCAUUAGCCGAAUGACCCCGGAGGAUCUAACAGCUAUUGGGAUAAGUAAACCAGGUCACAGAAAGAAGAUGACAACGGAGAUUAAUAAACUGAGUGUCACAGAGUGGCUGCCCGAGCAGAAGCCUGCCAGCCUAGGAGAGUGGUUGUGUGCUAUUGGUCUAAGUCAAUACCACCAAGUGUUGGUGCAGAAUGGUUACGAGAACAUCGACUUCAUCACGGACAUCACUUGGGAGGACCUGCAGGAAAUUGGCAUCACCAAACUGGGCCAUCAGAAGAAGCUGAUGUUGGCGGUGAAGCGACUCGCUGAACUGCAGCGUAAUUCAGACGGGCGGGGCUCCCUCAGAAAGAAACCACCACCAAUCACGCAGCAGCAGGAAGUGAUGUCAAUGGACAGCCCGCCCCCAGACGAUGUGAUGAUGUCUCCAAAGAUGAGCACCUUCCAGGACAGCGAGUUGAGUAGCGAGCUCCAGAAUGCCAUGACUCAUUCAGCUCAGGAGGCCAAAGCCCAGCCGACACGCACCCCCAGCAAGGACCCCGACGAUGCAGUAGUAGGAGGACCACCUAAGAAAGAGGCGAGGACAAUGAGGCAGCAGAGCAGCCAAGGAAGCACCUCCUCCCACAGGGGCAGUGUAUCUUCUCAAGGCAAACACCGCCACUCCCACACUCAUUCCCAGCCCGCUCCUCCUUACACGCCUCCUCACACGCCGACCAAGACCAGGACCUCGUCAUCCUCUUCCACCUCCUCCGUGCAGAGCACAUCGUCAUCUCAGUCCAAACACAAGGUGUCCCCCCAGUUCCUACAAGGUGAAAGACCUCAGUCGCCACGCUCACACCCACCUCAGUCUCCAAACAGUCGUGGCACUCCCGUGCAGUCCCCGCAGCAGCAUCAAACCCACGCUCAGCACCAGAAUAUGGUGGAUGGCGCCCAGCCGCAGGUCCCGCUCCUCUGCCUCCCCGCAGAGGCUGAGCUAGCAGACGGCAAUGAAGCGGAUCCCGCCGCACUCCAGAAGAAGCGAGCCCACAGUCUCAACCGAUAUGCUGCGUCAGAUGGCGAAUGUGACGAGAGAGGAGGAGGAGGAAGGAGCGGAGAGGCGGAGGUGGCGCCAAGCCAGGGCUCCAACGUUAGACCGGAGGGUGGUAAAUACGCCACGGUUACCCAUCGUGUCAGCCGCAGCCACUCUGUUCGCAACCAGGACAAAACGCUCAGUCGCAACCAACCACAGUCCAUCACUCUGCGGCAGAAAAAAAAAGGUCCUCCCCCGCCACCGCCCAAACGCUCCAGCUCGGCUAUCUCCACCUCAAACUCCAACCUCUCCGAAGGGAACGCACCACUGCAGGUGCUGAGCACCACUGGCGGGAUGCUGGAUGUGCCUUACCACCAGCAGCGGCGUGCCAGCGAUUUGGGGGUGUCGCUCGAGGCGGGCACUGUGGAGACCAACAGCGUGGGAAGUGUGAGGAGCAUUGCCGCCAUGCUGGAAAUGUCUUCCAUUGGGGGCGGAGCCAAAGGCAUGGCACUGCAGAAGAACUUCCUGCAGGCUGGGAAAACACGUGAAACUAUCGGUCUGGACGGUGAAGUCGUGAACCGACGGCGGACCAUUAGUGGGCCUCUUACCGAGCUGGUGGCGGCUGCCAGGCGUGACCAACCAGCGAUGUCCGUCAUUUCCCAGCCUGAAUCCUCCCCGCCCCCGGUUACUUCGCCCCCACCCAACCCCAGCCCUGGAGGAAGCUGCAGUUCUUCAGAAAACCUGCCAUUCGCAGAGGAGGGAAGCAUGACGAUUCGCCGACAAGGUCGAGGAGAAGGCCAGUGUGUAUUUUGUGUCUGUCUGCAGGGUGACGGGGAGGGUCCCCCGGCAGACUGCGGGUACACACAGGAAGACAUCUCCAGGGUGGAAGCCACGGCGACCUUAAAGCGGCGACCCCGCGGCUCCAAGACCCACCCGAACGGCUCAGACUUCACCCUCCAAGAGUCGUCCACCGUCAAACGAAGGCCCAAGAGUCGCGACAAGGAGCCAGAGGGCUACACGGAGCUCGCCGGGCCCAUUGGAGAGCCACCGGGUAGCGGGCCCCCGAACACCACACAGCCAGUACCUUACCAGAACGGCACAGCCACCGUGAAACGCCGCCCAGUGUCCGACGUCGGCGUGACGGAGCAGCCUCAGCCGCAGCCUCAAACGCAACCACAAACUCAACCACAAUCCCAAGUGACUUCCGUUCCUAGAAGGGACAGUUUGGACCAAGGAGUUCCGGUGGGCGGUGACGGAGCGCCAGUGAAAAAACCAAAGCCACCGGUCUCCCCAAAGCCAGUUGUGGCACAAAUCAAAAGACAAGGGGGCGCACAGAACCCCCCGCAGACGGCAUCGAACAAGAGAGUCCCUCUGCCAGGGCCGGGCACACCUGGCAGUCCAGUGGAAGGAAAGAAGAUCCCUCCUCCGGUCUCGCCCAAACCCGCCCCCCCUCCCACGGCACCCAAGCCGGCCAAGCUCAUCCACUCCAUGACCAGCCCGCCUUCCCCGACGCCGGCCACUCCUCCGGCAAAGCUGCACCCGGCGGUGGCCCGACAGACCAGCUCGCCUCCGUCCCUCUCCCAGUCCAACACCCCCAACGUGAAGCUACCGAGCCCCUCCCCGCAGAGUCCGCACACCCCUCAGACGCCCACCACGCCUCAGACUCCGCAGACUCCCGCCACUCCCAGCCCUCCGGUGAAGCCUCCUCGCUCUUCCAUCGGGGGCGUGUCCGUGGACAGCGGGAUGGCGGCGGUAGGGGUCACGGCGCCGGUCACACCGACGCCCGACUUUGGUGUGGAUUCUUUGGUGCAUCAGAAGCUGGAGGAGACGAGUGCAUCGCUCGCUGCCGCCUUGCAGGCCGUGGAGGACAAGAUCCUGCGGCAAGAAGACUCUGUGACGGAGCAGAAAACGACCGUGAGCAUCCUCGACGACAUCGGUAGCAUGUUCGACGACCUGGCCGACCAGCUGGACGCCAUGUUGGAGUAACCACGGGAACCUCGUCGGCUUGUCACCAUGGUGACGCCGCACCGGAACGACCGAGGCGGCACGACGGGGGCAGUACGGCUCUCUCGUCUCUCUUUCUAGUCAUCCUUCGCUCGUCCACUUUUGCACUCUUCCUGUCUUUUGCACCAUCUGUCCAUCCGUCGCUGCUCUGGAAAACUUCGACUCUUCCGUAGACCCCAGAAAGCAGAGAGCAUCGGCGGCGAAGAGGGAAGAUCACGAAAGAAGCGAGCGAGGACAAAGUGCGAGAUAGACGUCAUCCUCACAGACUCGUGAGCAUAAAAUAGUGAUUGAAAAAGCAACAGUGUGAUGACCCCAUCGUAUGUGUACAUUCUAAGCAUGGAGAGUUUAUAUCUACUGAAAAAGUCCUGCAUUAGCACAGUAAUAUAUAAUCCAUACAGAUUAUUAGGAAUCUAUCGCUAUUUGGAUCAAUGUUUGGUUCUAUGUGGAAUUCUAUGAUGUAAUCUGUGACCAAAACCACACCAUUCACUUCCUGAUGGGUGUGUGUGUGUGUGUGAUGGGUGGGAAAAAGAAAGAGUGAUAGGUGUGUGUGUGUGUGUGUGUGUGUGUGUGUGUGUAGGGCCCCGCAAUCCUAAUUUGAGGGUGGGCGCAUUCACAGCAAAUGUGCAAAUAAUAUGCAUAUAGCUGCCGUGAGGCAAGUCAACCUGAGGCAGGGAGUAAAGAAAAGAGUCGGUAGAAGCAACGCCUCUCGUGUAUCAGGCCCUGAUGCUGUAAUGGUACAGCUGCUGCCUUCUAAGACAGAGAGCACGGGUUUGAGCCCCACUCCAGAUUUUUUUUUUUAAUUCUGUUACUUUAUUCAUUCAUUCAUUUUCUACCGCUUAUCCUCACGAGGGUUGCUGGGGGUGCUAGAGCCUAUCCCAGCAGUCAGUGCACCCCGGACUGGUCGCCAGCCAAUCACAGGGCACAUAUAGACAAACAACCAUUCACACUCACAUUCAUACCUAUGGACAAUUUGGAGUCGCCAAUUAACCUAGCAUGUUUAUUUUGCACUAAAAUUUAUAUAACAAUGUGUUACCAUGUAUUUGGGAUGUGACUUUUUUUCAUGAAAUUCUGAUUGGUUAAUGAUGCAGUCAAUAUCUAAUGUGGAAUGGGGGCUCCAAAUAAGACGGCGGCCCUGCAAGUGUGUUUAGGUUGUUUUAUUUGGGUUAUUGUUUCAUCACCUUAACACACACACACACACACACACAUGGAGACAUGGAGAAGCACAAUGGCCCAUGCAGCUAGCACACACACACACACGCACGCACACACACACACACACACACACACACACACAUAUAAAUAUAUAUCUUGGAGCUUGCACAAUACAGAGAUGGAAAUGUGUGAUUGGGGUUUGAUUGAGGGCUACAGCAGGUCGUCUUUGGGGAAUAAAUGCCAGGUUUUCCAAAAGAUGCAUUUCAAAAAUUCAAAAUAACAUUUUCAAUGCCAGCAAAGUUUUGGGAGGUCAACCACGGUUUGAAAAUCAUUGCUGAUGUUUUGUAAAAGUAUAACAAGAAUAAGAGUAUUCCUUUCCUUGGAAGUUUGCAUGUUUUGGACUUCAAGUGGCUUUUAAGAGACGAUGCCUUUGUGUUCUUUGUUAGAUUUCAUUUCCAUACACGGGAAAGGAGUAUCAAGGCCACACUGAAGAUGAAUAAAAAUACACAAUCCAAGAAGAAUAUGUAGUAUAUGCACAUUCAGUAUGCACAACACUGCAAAAACAGGCCUAAUUCAACAUUACGAUAUCAAUAUAGGUCAAAUAUACAGCAUGCUUAUGUCUUAAUGCUUCACUCUGUAUUGGUCCAGUGUUAAAAAGUUGUAAUAUUACAAGAAUAAAUUGUAAAUUUAUGAGGAAAAACUUGAAUAUUACGUGUCAGAGGGAGGAAACUUUCCUUGUGCUUCGAUAAGAUUUUAUUUAGAACUUGGCAGAAAAACAGAGCAGAUUUUUUUUAAUAAUACUAUGGCCCACUGCCUUGGGCAAAGGUAAUAGUAAGACUUUUUUCUGAUAAAUUUAUGAUUUUAUUCUUGUGAAUGUACAACUGUGUUUUCGUAAAUGGACAACUUUAUUCUCGUCAUAUUAUUAGUUUUUUUUAAUGUAUAAAUGUUUUUAUUGUAAAUGUAUUAAUUUUUUUAAACAUAAAAUUACAACUUAAUUGUUGGAAAUUGACCAUUUUUAAAUGUACAUUUUUUUUCCUUGUAAAUUUUAUGUAACUUUAUUCUCAGAAAUGUACAACUUUAUUCUCGCAAUUUACAACUUUAUUCUCGUGUGGCCCACAUACUCCGUCGUAAGUAAGAAUUUUACAACAAUGAAACACGGAACCUUUCGAGAGGUUGCAUAAAAAGUCGUAAACUUACGAGAGAAAAAAAAGAAGAAUUUUACAUUUUGACUUUUCUGAUAAAUUUCUGACUAUUCUCUGAAAUUUUUUCAACUUUAUUUAUUUAUUUUUAUUUUUUUUUUUUAAACUUUAUUCUCGUAAUAUUAUGACUUUUUUCUUGUAAAUUUAGAACUAUUUUCAUAAAUGUAUUAUAUACAUAAAUUUAUGACUAUUAUUGUGAAUUUACCAUUUUAUUCUUGUAAAUGUAUGACUUGUUCCCCUUGUAAAUUUACAACUAUAUUCUCGAAAUGUCUGAUUUCUUUUUUUCAGUGUGGCCCACAUACUCCGUCGUAAGUAAGAAUUUUACAACAAUGAAACACGGAACCUUUCGACAGGUUGCAUAAAAAGUCGUAAACUUACAAGGAAAAAAAAUAAUUUUUACUUUGUUUUCUGAUAAAUUUGUGACUUUACUCGGAAAUUGACAACUUUUUUCUCAUAAAUUUACAACUGUGUUAUCGUAAAUGGACAACUUUAUUCUCGGAAUAGUGAAAUUCUCGGAUUUCACUAUUUUAUUAUUGUAAAUGUACGACUUUUUCCUCUCGUAAAUUUCCAACUUUAUUCUCGAAAAGUCAGAUUGAUUUUUUUCAGUGUGGGGCUAACACUCGCCUAACACGUCGUAAGUCCGAAACAUGGAAACAUUCAAGAAAGGCUGCAUAUUCUUCACCCCGUGUUUAAUUCCUAACCUCUAACAUUCCUACCGUUUUUUGACACAAACUUGCUCUUCUGAGCACCCACCCUGCGUUGCCAUGACAAUCUGCAUCGUCAUCAUCUCCAAUGGUGUUGCCACGGUUACUCCACAACGUGUUGCUACAACUGACGGGUUUGGAGAAGUGUCGGGAUGCGAGUGAGAGGAGAUGUGUGAAGACGGGUGCUGGUUUAGGGCGACAUUAAAGAGGUACUCGCACCGUCAACUCAAUGAUUGGUGAUGUCACCCUGGCUUAUUUGUGCAGACAUACGACUGACUAUAUUUAUACCGCACUGUCCGAGUACCCCUUUAAGUUUACUGUGAAACUGCAUGCAAGCAGUUCCUAAAGCAGCCACGCUCCUUCGUUAAGAAUUGAGAGAAUCCUAGAGAGAUUAUAAAUACAUACGUAUACAUAUAUAUACAAUAUAUAUAUAUGGCUAUUUGCAAAAACAAACAGAAGUGUAUUUAUGAUGUAUGUGACAACCUGAAGACUAUUUUUCAAAGUUCACAGAUCUGAGUGUUCAAUGGUCUGACUGGUGAGUCGUGAUUCGGUUCCUCGUUGGGAUGUUGUUCCUGCCUACAUGUGUUCAUGUGUUCACGUGUUCCUGUGGCGAUGUGUUCAAUACUAGCCAUUCUUCUUCUUCUUCUUCUUGCCCAGCCCUAAUUAUGUUGACUUCGCCCAUUCUUUUUUUCCUUUUCUUUGAAACAUGUGCCUUGCUUUGUGGUUUUGCUCUAACUUUCCAAGACACCAGAUGGAUCUGAAGCCUAGCUGGUCAGCGUCUUUUACACAAUCUCUGACACGUGGAACUGGAAAGAAGCAGAAAGUGAAACGCGGCUUUUUGCAUUUAGCCCAUGUAUUCAUCCUCGGGGUGCCUUCACACUUGUCAUGUUGGCUUUGCUUCGGGGGGGAGACAUUUUCGGCCCACA